AUGGGUUGUACCUGCAAUUAAAGAAUUACAUCACCGUAUAAAGAAUUUGAUUUAGAAGAAAUUAUCUUUGGAAGAACAUAUAUUUAUGGUCCUCCAUCUAUUGAAAAACCCUAACCCAUUCAAUUAUUGAAGUUUUCUGAUGAUGAUAUAAAUUAUCAAUAAGAUAAAGAAUUUUAAUAUUCUCCUUAAAAGAUUCACUCAUAAGAGUAGACAAAUGCAUAUAUUUAAAGUGGAGAUUUCAGACUCAUGGAAUAAAAAUUGUCAGUAGAUGAAGCCUUAAUAUUAAAUGAAUAACAUGAAUAACAAGAAUAGAAUAGUAUUUUAAAAGAGGAUAGGAAUAGUUAGAUGAAGGACUCAAAUUAAGAUAUUGUAAAAUACAAAUCAAUAUUAAAACACAAAAGUACAAAUACCAUAAAUACUUCAUACCCAUAAAGUCCCCAACAUUAGCUCAAAGAAUCUUAAACUUCAAACACUUAAAAAUCCAUAAAAAAAGUUACUUUUGAUAAAAAAUCAAAAGUUGUAUAUAGUAGCUUCAGAAGAAUUCAAUAUUGA